CAGGCGAGAGUCUACAAAUACGGCCCAUGGUUUCCCGUCUGAGAGAUAAACGCCUGGCAAACAAGUGAGAGAGAGAAAUAAAGUUAAGAGCUCUCGACGAUUGAAACCCUACCCGGAGCCCCGCCGCCGUCGCCUCUCCCUCUCGCUGUUUAGAGCCGUAGCGCCGCCAGCAGAGGAGGGGGUGAAGAAGGCCAGCGUCACCAUGGCGGACGAGGAGCAGAUGAUGGAGAGGAAGGAGGAGGCCACCGAGAUUGCACCUUUUGAUCCAACCAAGAAGAAGAAGAAGAAGAAGGUCGUCAUCCAAGAUCCUGUUGAUGAGGUUGAUAAGCUGGCAGAGAAGACGGAGGGCUUGUCAGUCACUGAGUCUGGCGAGGCAAGCUUCGUGGGAUUGAAAAAGAAAAAGAAGAAACUUGUGGAACUUGAUCCAUCACUUGUUGAGGCUGGAGAUGGUGAAGACACUCUUGAUGAUCAAGUUGGAGAGGAUGAACAAGGAGAGGGGAUUGUGCUGGGUGGAGCAACCCAGUACCCAUGGGAAGGAACUGAUAGAGAUUACAAAUAUGAUGAGCUGCUUGGCAGAGUCUUCAAUAUCCUGCGUGAGAAUAAUCCAGAUCUUGCUGGUGAUAGACGAAGAACAGUUAUGCGGCCUCCUCAAGUUCUUAGGGAAGGCACAAAGAAGACAGUUUUUGUGAACUUCAUGGACUUGUGCAAAACAAUGCAUAGGCAACCUGAACAUGUGAUGAUGUUUUUACUUGCUGAGAUGGGAACAAGUGGAUCCCUUGAUGGGCAACAAAGGUUGGUUAUCAAAGGAAGAUUUGCCCCGAAGAACUUUGAAGCUAUACUCAGGAGAUAUAUCAAUGAAUAUGUCAUAUGUAAUGGAUGCAAGAGCCCAGAUACCAUCCUUUCCAAGGAGAAUCGGUUGUUCUUCCUUCGUUGUGAACAAUGUGGUUCGUCAAGGUCAGUUGCUCCUAUCAAGGCUGGAUUCGUGGCGCAAGUUGGGCGUCGGAAGGCUGGAACUUAAGUUUGGUAGUGUGCGGAUUUACAACAAUCUUUAUUGUGCCUAGACCGCUUUGUGGAUUUUGUUACUUCCUGUACUAUGAAUGCUGCUGGUGUGAAUUUCUAUUUAUCUCAGAGGAUCUAAGUUUGGGGCCUAUUGCCGGCUCCUUUGCCUUUGGUACUA